UCUCCGCCAGCACUCACGACUCAUUGACCGUUUGACACGUGAACCACUUUCCCUUAUGAAGGUGUAGGAAGUUGCAAUGAAAAACUGUGUGGCGCUUGUGGAAGCCCAAUUCAGUUCCUGAUUCAACCAUUUUUUUCACACCGUAAUCCAUUGUAAGUAGAAGCAAUGGAGCAAAAUGUGGAAAACGUACGUGCUCCUCCCAAGGGUUUGUUACAGAGUGAUGAUUUGUAUCAGUAUAUCCUGGAGACUAGUGUUUACCCACGUGAGCCAGAAUUUCUCAAGGAGCUAAGGCAUGUCACUGCUAGUCAUCCAAGGGCAAUGAUGGCUACUGCACCAGAUGCAGGCCAGUUGAUGGCCAUGUUGUUGAAUCUAGUAAAUGCAAAAAUGACAGUUGAAGUUGGAGUCUUCACAGGAUACUCUCUUCUCCUCACUGCUCUUACAAUUCCAGAGGAUGGCAAGAUCAUAGCCAUAGAUGUAAAUCGGGAGACAUUUGAGAUUGGGUUGCCAAUAAUUAAGAAAGCUGGUGUCGCAGACAAAAUUGAUUUCAUUGAGUCUGAGGCUUUACCAGUUCUUGAUCAGCUAUUACAGAAUCAUGAAAAUGAAGGGAGUUUCGACUUUGCUUUUGUUGAUGCUGACAAGGUUAGUUACCAGAACUACCAUGAGAGGCUGAUGAAACUGUUAAAGGUGAAUGGCCUAGUUGUCUAUGACAACACACUCCGGAAAGGAUUUGUUGCAAUGCCUGAAGCGUUGGUUCCAGAGCACAGGAGACAGGACAGAGAGAUUUCAAUUGAGUUUAACAAAUUUCUUGCAGCUGAUCCUCGCAUCCAAAUUUCACAUGCUUCAGUGGGUGAUGGCAUCACAAUCUGUAGGCGUCUCUACUAAAUGACUUCUUGAAACUUCUCUGCAUUUUACUUGCUUUAUGAGGUUGAACGUAAAUGCUCCUGAACUACCUCGCUUAGAUUAUUAGUCCUUAAGAUGGUAUAUGAGUAAUUUGGUUUUGAUUGUAAAUUGAGUUUGAAUGUCACAUGAUUUUGGAAUCACCUUAAGUUGGG